UCUCAAUUAAACGACUUCAACAAUAACGACAUCGCAACCAUGAGCGGCCCUAUUAGCAUCGGUUCCGAGUCUGAAUGGAGUAGCCUCCUCGCAGGUACUAAUGUUGUCAUCGCAGAUUUCUAUGCCGACUGGUGCGGCCCUUGCAAGAUGAUCGCGCCCACAUUCGAAGCCCUCGCCAAAGAACACUCGAGCCCGAAAAAGGUGGCAUUUGCCAAGAUCAACGUCGAUAGUCAAUCCGGUAUUGCGCGAGCUCAAGGCGUCUCCGCCAUGCCCACCUUUAAGAUCUUCCAGAACGGCGCCUGUAUCGAGACCAUCAAAGGCGCAAACCCACCCGCGCUCACAGCGGCUAUCAAGAACGCUGUGAAGCUCGGUGGUCCCGUCACUGGCGACGUAUUCAAGACUCCUGGGCGAACACUGGGUGGCGAUGCGCGAUCGGCUCCGUUGUCGAAGAGGUGGAACUUGAAGGGCAUCUUUGAUGCUUUGAUAGCUUUCUUUGGACUAUAUUUUGUGUCAUUACUCUCGUUUGAUCCCUACAAGUCAGCCGAGAAGAGUCCAUUCAACGUCCAUCGAAAACCAACAUCCGGAAGCAGCGGUAGCUUUGGUCAGGGACCUGGAGGUGCUAGAGCCCCUCCGCGCUCUUCUUUCAAGACGCUGGCGGAUCUUGGUGGCGAUUAAAUAGCUUGUGUAGGGUAUUCGUAUGGCGUUUACUAAGGGUUCAGGGAUUUAUUUGGGCGUAGCUAUACACUUUUGCUAAGCGUAGCUAUUCCACAGCUAUAGAAUAUCAUUUCCAUUUUUACUACGUAUAAUCUGAUCUUAUUCUUCA